AUGCUGAAAGAUGAGAGCGUUAAAGCCAUAAAAGUAAUAAGAGACGAACUUUCGAUCACCCCACAACAGUCAUUCUCUACGAAUCGUGAAGACGAUGUAGGGGAGGACAUUGAUGACGACAACGUAGGGGAGGAUAUUGCUGAAGAUUUCAUCGAAGAUGAUAUCAUGAAGAGGGCGAACGAAGAUGAGGACUCCAUCAACGAAGAAGACUGGAGAACCGAGAUUCACCUCUACCUUGAAGAAGGUACGCUACCUGCAGAAUUGAAGCAAGCCAGAAAGAUACAAUCAAAGGCAGGGAGAUACGAUCUUCGCGAUGGAGUCCUGUACAAAAAAUCCUUCCUCAGAACACUACUACGAUGUUUAUCAAGAGAGGAAUGGCAUCGUAUUUUGAAAGGUAUCCAUAGAGGGGACGCAGGUAACCACAGCGGAAUGAGAUCAUUGGCGGAUAAAGCAAAAAUGCAGAGAUAUUACUGGCUACAGAUGAUACAAGAUGCCGCAAGGAUGUCCAGGAGAUGCGAGGAAUGCCAGCGGUUUUCUAAGAAGAUUCAUGCUCCUGCGACGAAGCUAAAUUCUGUAGAUAGUCCUUGGCCAUUAUAG